GACAUCAUUAAAUACCGGAGAGGAAUACCGGGAGACCUUAGAGGGUUUGAUUUAGCGAUGAGGAUUUCCUGUCGGAUGCGGCAAACCGACAUCAUUGUUCUGCAGACAUAACUGAAAGUUUGGUCGUCCUGGAAGGACUCUAUCUGUAAAUCAAAGCCAUGGGGAAGGAUUACUAUAAGAUCCUUGGCAUAACUUCAGGCUCUAAUGAAGAUGAAAUCAAAAAGGCCUACAGAAGGAUGGCCCUAAAGUUCCAUCCAGACAAAAACAAGGAUCCCAAUGCUGAAGAGAAGUUUAAAGAGAUAGCAGAGGCUUAUGAGGUUCUGAGUGACCCAAAGAAGAGAGUCAUCUAUGACCAAUACGGCGAGGAUGGUUUGAAAACAGGUGGCACAGGCUCAUCUAGUGGACAAGGGACCACAUAUCACUACACCUUCCAUGGGGAUCCACAUGCCACCUUUGCUUCUUUCUUUGGAGGCUCCAACCCCUUCGAUAUAUUCUUUGGCUCUGGACGCCAACGGGGAACCACCAAUGGCACUAAUGACCACGGUGGCGAUCAUGACAUGGACAUUGACAUGGAUGGAGAUGAUGAUCCUUUCAGUUCCUUUAGCCACUUUGGCUUCAAUGGUAUCAACGGUUUUCAUCAAGGUGGAGGUCGAAGACAUCGUAAUGAGCCUCUUCAUGGUGGCCGGAGGAAAGUACAGGACCCUCCAGUUGUACAUGAGCUUAAAGUGUCUCUAGAGGAGAUCUUCCAUGGAUGUACCAAGCGGAUGCGAAUCACUCGCCGAAGACUGAACCCAGAUGGAAGGACAAUGAGGACAGAGGACAAGAUCCUUAACAUUGUCAUCAAGAGAGGCUGGAAGGAAGGGACCAAGAUCACCUUCCCCAAAGAGGGUGAUGAGACACCUGAGAACAUUCCUGCUGAUAUUGCAUUUGUGCUCAAAGACAAAGGGCACCCACUCUUCAAAAGAGAUGGAUCCAACAUCAUUUACACAGCCAAGAUUGGUCUUAAGGAGGCAUUGUGUGGCUGUAUGGUGAACAUUCCCACCAUUGACAACCGAGCGAUCACAUUGCCCUGCAACGAUAUCAUCAAACCAGGCACAAUCAAGAGACUGCGUGGAGAAGGCCUACCUUUCCCAAAAAAUCCGUCUCAACGCGGGGAUUUGAUAGUGGAGUUCCAGGUGCGCUUCCCAGACAGAAUACCACCCCAGUCCAGAGAAAUCAUCAAACAGCACCUACCACAGUCUUAGAGGAAGUUCAGUGGAUUCACUGUAUGGUUACAACACACCGUUUUCCCCAAAAACAGACGCUGAAUUCGAAGAGGGACAAAUAUGUCGUAAGGACCAGAGGCUCAUUUGAUAUUUUGUCACAGUUUUACCUAAUUUAUUAUCACUUUCUCUGAACAUGUGGAAAGCUGAUUUUUGGGGAUUUUGAAGUAGUUUGUGUUUAUGCCGAGGCUCAUGACUUUCAACCAGGAUUUUAUUUUUAGA